ACUAAGCUAUGGAUAUGGCCGUGGCAGCAUACCCGACAACUACCAUCUCAAGGCAAUUUGCAGUGACCGUCAAUAAGAAAGGCAUUCAAAUUCUGAAGAGGAUUAGUGCCUGUGCAUAUACGAAAGGCAAUGUGAAUAACUCAUCUUCUUCUAGUGCUCAGUUUUUUGAGGUCUCUGGGCAUAGAGGUUUUCUACCAGCCGUGGAUCCUCUGCCUCAUCUCUCACACCCACAAUUCAGUCCAUGGGAAGAAACUCUGCACGAUCUCCCCAAGUUGCUUGCUGCCUUCGACCAUGGCCAAAAGCUCCGCCAAACUAUAGAGAAAUUACCACCAUUUCCUUACCAAGAUUUGUUACUAGGAGGGGAUUCAGAGAUUUGGAGAGGAAUGUUGGUUUUGGCGUUCAUGACACACGCUUAUAUAUGGGGCGCUCCAUCUCCAGUAAGUGUGCUUCCCAGUAAGUUGGCAGUUCCAUUCUGCGAAGUUUCUUCAAGCCUGGGCAUGCCUCCCGUUCUCACAUAUGCCACUUAUACUCUCUUGAAUUGGCGGAUUUUGAACGAAAAUUGUGCAAUCGAGCUGGGAAACAUAGUCUGUCUUCAUAAUUUCUAUGGUGGUUUGGACGAAGAAUGGUUUCGUCUUGUCCAUGUUGAUAUUGAGGCCAAGGCAGGUGUAGGAUUGAAGGCCGUGGUGGAUGCCCAUGAUGCUGUUGCUCAACAAGAUAUGGUUCAGGUUCAUUCAAGUUUGACAAAAAUGGCCGAUACCUUGAAAAUCAUUCAAAAGACAUUGAGUCGAAUGGGAGAGAAAUGUGAUCCUGACAUAUAUUACUAUCGGAUUAGGAAGUACAUGUCAGGCUGGCGAGGUAAUCCAGCACUUCCAAAUGGAAUGUUUUAUGAGGGUGUGUGGAGUGACUCCAAAUUUUUCUAUGGAGUAACAGGGGCUCAAUCAUCUAUAGUUCCAGCUUUUGAUGCUGCUUUAGGAGUUGCUCAUGCUUGUGGUCCUCUUUCAGACUAUUUGCAGGUGAUGCAUUUGCACAUGCCCGUGCCCCAUCGUUCUUACAUUCAACAGAUUGAGAAUGGCCCUUCAAUACGAUCAUUUGUAACUGCUCAUAUGUCAGAGCUGGGCGAGUGCUAUGAUACAUGCUUGACUGAGCUUUUCAGGUUUAGGGUUCUUCACAUGAAGUAUGCCUCAGCGUAUAUCACCCAACCAGGUAAAAAAUCUCAAAAAGAGGAAAGAGGAACUGGGGGAACAGAUUUUAUUCCUUACUUGCUUCAAAAUGCAACAACUACAAAAGAACACCUUAUGAGUGCUAAUGAAGUUUGAAGGAAGGUUCCUCAUCCGGUUGACUGGUGAAUUUUGCAAAGCAAAGUUUCCAAUAAAUGUAUGCAUAUUGAUUGAUUCUUGGUAACUAUAAUCUGUUUCUCUCAAAUAAUAUGCAUAGUGUCUUGAACAUCCGGACACUACUGUCUUUCCAACGCUCUCUUGCACUUUACUUGGAUCUCCCAAGGAGAACCAGUUCAAACUUGAAAAUAAAUUUGAAACUGAUGGUAUCAAUAUCUUACUCUGCACAAUUUAAGA